AUGGAAUCACUUGCAGCAGCUGGUGGUGUAAUUGCAGUAGUCUCGCUAGCUGGGCAAGUUGUGCAAGGCUGCAUUCACCUUCGUGAUGUUUUCGAUGGUGCGAGAUCCGCACCAAAGGACAUACGAUCUUUGGCGACCGAACUGAAGAUCAUCAAAGAUGUUGUGGAAGCCACUACGAACUUGGAUCAGCAUCCAGAAGUCUUGGACUUCUGCAACGAAAAGAUCGUGAAGUUGCGUAAAAUUGUCGAUAAGUACGGUGUCGCGGAUGAUGGCACUGACAAGAGAAGAUGGGGAUCAAGAUUGGCAAUGGCGCUGAAUUCGGAUAAGAUUCAAAAACAUCUCAAUUCAUUGAGGGAAGCUAAGCGUCAUCUUGAACAAAUUCAGAACGUUUCGGCCCAUUCUCAUCAUCUUAUCAAGACAAUUGAGGUAUUCGAUACAGUCCACGAAAUACAGUCUUCUCAGAAUGACUCUGUCCAAAUCCUCAAUCGUGCGGAGAAUAAAUUAAAUAGCGUUGAUGCAACAACUAAACAGACGCAUGAAGCCCUUGUGAGGUUUGCAAAAGACGUCGGUGAGAGGCAAUCAGAGGGCGCAACAGUGAAGGAUGUGCAUAAUAUCAUGCAAAUGGUACGAAGUGUUGAGACAAUGAUACAAAACCAACUCUUGCAAGAUCAGAUUCGCAACUCGCACCAACUCAAUUCCAUUUCGACAAUACGUGCCAUGUCUGAGCUCCCACCAACCGAUCUAGAGUCGAGCAGUGCGGUAGGCCGAAUACGAAAUCAGACAUCAACAGCAGGUUUCGAACAGGUAGCCGAAGACCAUAGUUCAGAUAAUUCGAACAGCCAGCUUCAGAGAGUGAACCAGCUCGUCGACAUCGCCAUAAAAGUCCGGUAUAAGCAGGGCAAACCCAUCGUCGGAGUCAUAGCCACAAAGGACCAAGAUUUUGAAGUGGCUGAUUUCGAAACAAAAAGAUGUAUGGUAAAGCUGCUACAAGAUCUUCGUCUCUUGACCUGGCUUUUCACACACAACAACAAUCUUGAAAGAGAUUUCCAACGAAGGACUAGUAGUCCCCAGUCACUAUUUAUAUACGAGGAUGAUCUCACAUCAACCUGGAAUUGGUGGAAGAUAGGUGAGUCAGUAGGUGCUAGUAGUUUGGGUUCAAUGUCGACGGACAAGAGUUAUAAAGAAGAAAGUAACGAAUAUCUCACUGUGAUUCUCACAACUCUUACCACAACUUUUAGCACAACUCUUUCCACAACUCUUACCAGAUAUCUAGAUCUGUUAGGACACAAGUGGAACACUAAGUCACUACCGGCUUUCUAUCCUCAGUAUCCUCGUGAAGUGCCGUUUUCUAGAAUUGAGAGACAAUGCGCCAUGAUUCUAUAUCUUCUUGACCUAUGGUUGUAUUGUAACGAAUAUAACGAUUAA